GGCCUGAGCGAAUUUUACGGAAACCACCACGAGCUCAGUGAGGAAGAAGCUUUUGAAGUUAUAAAAACGGCCGUUGAGGAAGGAUUUCGGCGCCUAUUGGACCGAGGAAGGGCCAAUGAAGAUUUCAGGCAAACCAGAGGAUGUGAGGAGGUGGUGCGAAGAGAGUUUGAGAAACCUCCAAGUAGAUCAUAUCGAUCUCUACUAUCAGCACAGAGUAAGACUUAUCUUCACCGCCGCCAACAAUGUUCACUAAUGGCUUUCCUUGCUGAACACGCGCAGGUGGAUCGUACUAUGCCUAUUGAAGAGACUUGGAAAGAACUCAAAAAGCUCCAAGAAGAAGGCAAAGUCAAACACCUUGGCAUCUCAGAAGCGACCGCCGAGGAGAUUCGCCGGGCUCAUGCUGUAGUACCCAUUAGCGCACUUCAGAUCGAAAUAUCAAGGAAAAUGGUAUUUUGGACACGUGCAGAGAGCUUGGUAUUGCCAUUGUUGCGUAUAGCCCUCUCGGACGCGGUUUUCUCACUGGGGCGUACAAGACCCCUGAUGACUUCCCAGCUG